ACGAAACCUUCCUUUUGGAGCGGAGUUUGUACAACCAGCGGACAGUGAGCAUCUCCCUUUUCAUUCAGCAAAAUGGAUGGAUUAUUUCGGACAAUACUCUACAUCUUAUUCGCUGAGUGGUCUGGUUGUCAGAUCACCCUUGAUAUCCAGCCGAAGGUAAUACAGCUUGGCAUUUCACGACACAUGAAAGUGCGAUGUAGCCUUGGUGUUGACUUCUCGAAGACAGACACGGUGUACUCGAUAAUGCUUAAGAAAGGAGGGGUUUCCAUUGCUGUUUUAUUCCAGGAUGGAAGCAUUGAGAUGGCGGAACCGAAAUACAAUGCUACAGGUUCUGUGUCUACAGGGCCGUUUUCCACUGCCUUUCUCGAGCUAUCACUGGACAAGGUCACAUGCAGUGACAAGGGAGAGUACUCCUGUAGCAUGGCAGUUCGACGUUUGUAUGCGAGUAUGGAGAUUGGACCUGUUGCAUCUCGUGUGCAAGUCAUGGGAGGUCCAAGCCCUGUGUCCCUCACAAUGACACCGGACAGACCUGCUUACACUGAUGGCGAAGUGGUCAACAUUACCUGCUCCGUGUUGAAGAGUGCUGAGGUGGCCCAUUGGACAUGGGUUUUGCCAAAUCGAAAGAAACACACUGUAUCGAGUUAUUGCAUAUACAAUGAAUCUGAAUGUGCCCACAUGUGUACAAGCUCUACAAUGUAUACUGUCUCCAGGGUGGACGCCGGAGGUUCUGCUGAAUGCCGUAGCGGGGAACUCAAGAACGAAAUACAAAUAAAUAUGUCACAUUCUCCCGUUGAAGAUAAUUUGCCGCUCGUAAGAAUGUAUCCAAAUGUCACAACGUCAUUUCCAGGCAUCUCAAACGAAGAGACAAGCGAGGUUACAGUGACAAACAAGGAACUCACUUCCUCAACAACCAUCACACAGCCAGACAGAGGGGGAACAGGACUGACGGUGCUAUAUGUUCUUGUGUCGGCGUUUGCUGUUAUCCUGGUCUUUACUAUGCUUCACCUCUUUUUAACAGAUCGGAAAUGUAAAUGUCAUCACUCGUCUACAAACAGCUUUUCCGACUCACACCUCACCGAAAGUCACCUUACCAAAGGAACAGGAAGUAAAGUCAUAAUCAUUCACACCAGUGACAUAUCAAGUGUCCGUUCUCACAAGGGCAUGGGAACCCAUGAAGCGGCCUAUCUUCAUCCCGAGCGACCUACAGACAGCAGCGUGUUACAGAGCGAAACCCUUCAUGCUGAACCCGUCUAUGAGGAAAUUGAGUAGCCAAUAUGUAUCUCUCUCUCUGCCUUGCUUCAAACAUUUCAUCUACAGCAAUUGCGAAGAUCGAUGCUCAUGAUGUCAAUCACUGGAUUCACUGGUCCAGACUCAAAAAUGUUAACCGACCAGAUAUAGGUGGAAAUUGUUCAGUGUGGCGUUAAACAACAAAUAAACAAAUCAAUAUACGAUGUUUCAUUAUACCGUACCAUCCCGUAUGCAAUUCAUAUAUAUGUAUCUAUUUAAUUUCAUACAAUAAGAAUUUGAAUAUUAUUCAACCAAGCUGUCACUCAAGACGGGUCACUCACAGUAUCGGCUUUCAUGUAGUGCGUAGUGCGUGACACACGAUUUGACAUAAGUCUUCAACUCAGACACUGGCUACCUGGACAAAAGGUUAUCGAUCUGAACAAUACGUUUCUGUAUAUUGGCACUGCACAUUUCUUCCAGCGUUGAUCUAAACAGCCUCUUUAUUUUCCAUGUUGAUACUGCAGCUAAUGGACAUCAAGAUGUGUUGUCAUGUUAAAAAUAAAAUGUUUAUAUACAUACACAUAAGUCAAGAUCGAAGAAGUUUUUGUGUAUUGUAUUGUUCACUUCAUUUUUAUCAAUGUUAUUUUGAUAAAAAGUGCUUGUUAUAUAGAUCAAGUCGAGCAUAAAUUAUUUUGAGCAGAAUGUUACUCUUUACCAUUCGAAUUAGAGUUUAAAAUAUAUAUAUAUAGAUAUAAAGUGCACACUGUUUCACUCUCUGAUAUAUAGUGGGCGAUUUAUGGAAAAUGUCUGUAUAAAAUUGUCCUGCUCCCGUCCCUCGUGUUUAGGUUUACGCAGUAGACCUUGGUCAUGCAGCAAUAAUACACAGGGUAUUUGUUUAGUAUACCUCAAUUUUCACCGCUUGCACACACGAGAAAUAGAAACUUCUAACACAUAAUCAGCCAUUCAUUUGAAUAGCUGAAUGUCCCAAAAAGUAAUUAAAACCUGUUUUAAUUCCA